AUGUCCUCGAGCGACGACCCCGCUGCUGCAUGCCCGGUGGACCACAAGACCCGCGAAGCAUGGCUCGCCCAAGCCCGCGCGCAGAACCCAGAUGCGCCUCCGAAUCCACAUAGCAGUACAUCAACACCACCAGCCUCAUCACAACCGCAAACGCAAACACAAGCUCAAUCCCAAGCCCCCGUACAAGCAUCAUGCGACUCGUCCGCCCUCGACCAGAACACCAAAACCCCGACCCCAACAGCAACAGGCCUCCUCUCCCACCUACGCCUCGGCACCGACCGCGAAGUCAGCACAAUACCACGCGCCCUGCCCUCACUCCCCGCCCAACAACAACCCCAAGACCCCUCGGCUGCCCCCGCGCGCGCCGCAAACAACGAAAUAGACACGGGCUCGGACAAGAAAACAGGGAACUGGAUCUACCCCUCCGAACGCAUGUUCUUCGAAGCCAUGCGCCGCAAGUCCUACGACCCCUCGGAAGCAGACAUGAAGACUAUCGUGCCGAUUCACAACGCCGUCAACGAGCGCGCCUGGUACGAAAUCAAGCAGUGGGAAGCAGGACGCGGGGCAGACGCAUGUGGUGGACCGCGAUUAUCCUCGUUUAGCGGGUUGAGCACGAGUUUAACGCCGCGGGCACGAUGGAAGUCGUUCUUGGGGUACCAGAAGCCGUUUGAUCGGCAUGAUUGGGUCGUGGACCGGUGUGGGACGGAAGUCGAAUAUGUGAUUGAUUUUUACGCGGGAAAGGAUGAGGGGAAGAGUGCGAAGGGGUUGAACUUUUAUUUGGACGUCAGGCCCAAGUUGAAUAGCUUUGAGGGGGUCAAGAUGCGGGUAGCGAAGUACUGGGGGCUUUAA